AUAAUUAAUAGACUCGAAAAAUAAACAAAAAGUGCAGUUGCAACACACAUGUUCGUCAUUUCUCGUCUCCAGACAACAAAAAAUUCAUAGAAUAACCAAAAAAAAAUGCCUUCGACAGUCAUUCGCAUGCCAAAUAAUUACAACUCGCGCGGCGGUCAAGGAAAUUUCGGCAGCGGAGGCAUCGAAAUUUGUUGCGGAUGUCGCGUGUGUCAAUGUGUGCAUCUGGAAUUCCUCACAUCGCAAGCCGGAUUACUCAAAUUGUUCGAAGUGGUGCUCGGGAGUUUCUGUCAAACGCUUUUGGUGCAAUUUGGGAUGAGUUCUGCGAGUGAUAUUGGACAAGCAUUUCAUGGAUUUCUUACGACGGCUUCCGCUUGUGUCAUGACCUCGACAAUUCUGCUGAUUUGUUAUGUGCUGUCGGAGAAAACGUAUCACUUGGUGCGACAAAGUUUAUUUGAAUUAGCAUUCAACUUAGCAGCAUGUUUCCUGUAUUUAAGUGCAUCUUCCUACAUGGGCUUCGCCGUCAACGUGUGGCUUUACCCGAAAUACCUCUUGCACACCGCAAAUCACGCUUAUCCAGCAAUGACUGCCGUUUACUAUAUCGGAUCAAUUGUUGGAAUAGUUCACGGCUUGGACGCAUUUUUAUCCUUCAGAGCAUUUCGUGGAUACGGUUAAGGAAAAAACGCAAAAAAUUUCCUCUGCACAUUCAAUUUCCAGUAUUUCCUGCAUUUUU